GAUCAUACCACAGUGACACGCUUAACGCCGGCGUGCAACUAUUAACUUAAAAGUACAAGCCUUUUAUAAAUUCAGCCUUGAAAUGGCCCUUCUCACGUUCAGCAAGUUUUCCCGAUGUUCUGGUGUGAUGUGUUUGACAAAGCAAAUCCUGACUGUCUCCAGACCUGCAGCUGUUGCUCGGGCAUUGUCCUCCAAUGCAUCGAAUUCGAAUCGUGCAAGUGGCAACCUUGGUUCCUCCUCGGUGCGCAGUGAACAGAGUAGAGGCUUCAGUUGGGAUGGGGAUGGGGCGUCAUCAUCCUCCGAUCAUGCUGAUGAUGUUGUCUGGGGAGUUAUGUCAAAGCUUCUUGUGGGCGGUACCAUUUUGAUUGGAGGGAUUGGAUUGACUGCCUACACCAAGUUUGUCAACAACUCUGAAUGUGCCACUGCAAAGACAACAGCCCCAUCCGCAGAACCCUACAGUGCAGCACAAAAUGCAGGUGUGAAGAUCCAAGGCCUGCCAGAGUACAGCCAAGAGGAAGUGGCCAAACACAAGAACCCUCAGACAGGCAUCUGGAUGACGUACAAGAAUGGAGUGUACGACGUGACAUCAUUCAUGAAUGCCCACCCUGGCGGAGGGAAGAUCUGGUUGGCAGCAGGUGGGUCACUGGAGCCAUUCUGGAACUUGUAUGCGGUGCACAAGUCAGAUGAAGUGUUCGAGAUUUUGGAAGAAUAUCGCAUUGGAAACUACAAAGAUGCCGAAAAGACGAAGCACAGGGAUGCGAAUGAUCCCUUUGCCAAUGAUCCCUAUCGCCACCCAGCUCUACGGGUCAACUCUGAAAAGCCCUUCAAUGCUGAGCCGCCACCCAGCCUGCUGGUUGACAGCUUUAUCACCCCUAAUGAGCUGUUCUUUGUGCGGAACCACCUGCCCGUGCCCAAGUGCGAUGUGAAGAAUUUCAAACUGGCUGUGGAGGUCCCCAGCAAGAAGACCAUCAAUCUGUCCCUGGACAAUCUGAAGCGCAACUUCAAGGAGCACACCAUCACGGCUACCUUGCAGUGCGCUGGCAAUCGGCGCAGCCAGAUGUCCAGCUACAAGACUGUGAAGGGCCUGUCGUGGAGGUACGGGGCUAUCAGCACGGCCGAGUGGACGGGGGUGCAGCUGCGUGACCUCCUCCUUGAAGCUGGGCUAACAGAGGAGGACGAGGCCAAAUUUGCUCACAUUCAGUUUGAGGGUCUGGACAAGGACCCCAACGGCGGACACUAUGGCUCCUCGAUCCCGUUUUCGGUGGCAAUGAAUCCCUACCGCGAUGUCCUGGUGGCCUACAAGAUGAAUGGCAAUGAAAUCCCAGCAGAUCAUGGCUAUCCUUUGAGGGUGAUCAUCCCUGGCAACAUUGGGGCCCGCAGUGUUAAAUGGCUCUCCAAGAUCGUGGCAAGUGACCAAGAAAGCCCAAGCCACUGGCAGCAGAACGACUACAAGAGCUUCAAUCCCUCGGUGGACUUUGGACAGCUGGACUACAAAACCGCACCUGCCAUCCAGGAGUAUCCUGUCCAGUCAGCCAUCUGUGUCCCUAGGGAUGGCAGCAAAGUUGACGUCGAUGAAGAGAAAGUGUCCAUCAAGGGUUAUGCCUGGAGUGGAGGAGGGCGUGGCAUUCUGCGCGUUGAUGUGUCGGUCAACGGAGGCAAGGAAUGGCACACGGCCGAGCUUCAGGGCUCCGGCCAGAAGGUCAACAGGGUCUGGGCCUGGACUCUGUGGGAGGCGGAGAUCCCCAUCCCAAAGGAUCACAAGGGGAAACUGGACAUCUGCUGCAAGGCCAUCGACUCCUCCCACAAUGUCCAGCCGGAUACCAUGCAAGGCAUCUGGAAUGUAAGGGGCCUGCUGAACACGGCCUGGCAUCGUAUCCAAGUCGGUGUCGUGCAGGAAGAUUAACCCUGCCUCUGCCUUUUUCCAACAGUUUCAACAACUCAAUUAGUCUACAUUGGUUUCAAAGAAGCUGAGAAGUUGAAUGGGCAGCAAGGCCACCGAAGCUGUAAAUUUUUUAAACCUGAUGCUCAAUUGUGUAAUCAAGUUCAAUUAAGCUAAGAACUAAUACUAAUUCACACUAAACUCAGCUUGCAGGUGAAUCACGAGUCAUUUCAUUUUGUGCAUAUGCUGUUCAAAUGGUAAUGUCAAAAAGAUUUGUAUUUGUCACAUUUUGAUCAGGUAGUGAGUAAUUUUCCAGGAAUCUGGAACUUGUUGAAUGAUCAUUCACCACCUUAAAUACGUGAUCUUUGUUCUAGCCUUAUACUUUGUUCUAGCCUAAUGUUUGGUGGAAAAUCAAGAGCUUGUGAACACUUUUGUUCUUAGUACAAGUAAUAACCAUGCAUUCCUCUUGCAAUAGUGCAUACUACUUGUAUGUGAUGAUAGAUUAAGCCUGGGUAUGCAGAUAGAUUAAUUGUGCAGCUGUGUAUUUUUUAAAUAAUGAUUCCAACCAUGCAUGAAAAACUAACCAUUUUGAGUGAAAUUCUUUUCCAUUGUAGCUUGAAACCUUUCAAAGCCAUGAACCAUCAUUUACCAUGCUUGUAUAUCAAUGCAGGCAGCACACAUUUUGUUCAGCAACAAAACUGCAGUGUCGAGCCGCCAUGUAAAUAACAAUGGCUUGGCCCUGCCGUUUUCUACCCAUGAAAUUAACGUUGAACCCAGAAUAGUAGCAUUUUCAUUGGAAGGCACACCCGGCUUGCACCCCUCCCCUCAUUUGCUUUUUCUUUUUUUGGAGGGGGGGUUUACCUUGUCUUUCUUCCUGUGUCGUCUUAUAUUAUAACUUUAAAGGCAGAAAUUUUCACCUGUUUUAGAAGAUAAUACAGCCCAUAUCUUACAAUUCAACCUCCUCUUUUUUGUUUUGGUGUCCCCCUUAUUUUUGUAAAUGCUAGAUCCACCUCUGCUGGGGUUGAUUUAUUAAUUUCAGCUGACAGUGAGCGCGUGUAAAGUCACAGACGUUGUUGUUAGCGUGGAGUGCUUGAAAAUUCUGUGCAACGUUGGUGAAAUUAUGGUUGGAUUUUGUGACAGUUCGCCUUUGUAUGUCAGAAAAGGCUUUAUCAAACUGUGAAUGUUAAAUCAACUACAUGUACAUGUACAUGUAUUUUACCAUCAACCAGGGUCAUACCUGCAUAUUAAAUUACCUCAACCUGACUCGGGGAGUCAGGUUGGCAGGGUAGUUCUUUCCUCGCCUUCCACCUCUGUGGUCCCGGGUUCGAAUCCCGGCC